CUAAAUGUUAUGCAUGUCUUUGUAAGGGAUUUCUGAAACUUCUUGGUUCUAUUUAUCUGUUUUUCCCUUUCUAGAAGGGAAAAAAUUACUGUUAAGUUUCUUCAGGUGCAUUUUUGUUGCUGUUUGUAUCAUAAAUUCAGUGAGUUGACUACUUGGUUUUUCUUUUCAAAGUUUACUUGUCUACUAUUUAGGUCUAGUACCUGGGGUAGACAACAGUUAGGUUGAAAUUUAGGGCAGGUUGGAUUUCGGUGUACCUUUGACUAAUACCUACCCGUUUAUUCACUCAUUUGAAGAACAAAUGCAGGGCAUUUGGGUUUUAUUUUUAUUGAAAUGGAAAUUCACAGACUGGCCCUACUAAUAAACCAGUGAGUUUGAAUGAACAUGCAAACCCCACAAUUUAGUUGGGUCGAAAGUUGUUAUUGACUAUUUAAUUUCUAACAAAUAGAUUCUUUGUGCUUUUAUUGUUCACAGCACAUGGGCAAGUGAUUAAGACAUGUACUUUUACCAUUAAAAUAUUUGCAUUUGUUGAUACAUUUUAGUUUCUGGAUCCUUUGCUUCUUAAGAAAAAUUGGGUACCAAUACAUCAUAGGGAUUAGGUUUGCUGGACAUACUCACACUCAUGGACACACAAACACACACACACAGCCAUGUUGCUACAACUGGUCAGGCCUGAGGAAACCCAUUUUAAGUUGUAAUAUCUGUGUUUUUCAAUGUCACAGUGCUAUCGCUGUUCAACUUCCCCAUUUGAACCGUACAGCAGUGAAACAGCCCCAUUAGGGUUAGCUUAUCUAGAUAUUAUGUUUUACCUGACACUUUUCUAAUGCCAAAAUCAGCUAGAAUGGUUCCAGGUAGGGUCAAUGUCAUUUCUAAAAUUAGCUGCUGAAUCCUUUCAAAAAAGUUCAAAAGUAGAGUUACUUUUAAGCAUUAUGCAAGUAUCAUAUUUUUUUGGUCAGAAAUAUCCCUUCCAUUAUUCUAGGAGUCCCAUCCAAGUGUCCUAACCCACGAGUAAAGAGAUCUUCACCGUGAGUAAUGGAAAACUCAGUCUGCUUCUUUCUAUCUUCUUGUCUUGCUGCCUAUACAAUUUGGCUUAAAUUCAGACUAGUAGAUCCUUUUAAAAAGGAACUUGAAGAAAGAAGUGAUUGCAUGAUUGCGUAGUUUAAUUUUUUUAUCCCUUUUCAAUAAGCGAAUGCUUGGUACAAAUUCUUAGGGAUAUAGUGAGGUGAAACACUGAAACUGUAAAUCAUCUUCUCAAGAACUAUCCUCAUAGAGUUUACAAAGACUUAACAACACUAAAUCAUAGGCUGUUAGCUUGCCCCAAGUGUACUUUUUAUUUGGGGUAGAUGGGUGAAGUGGGGUUCAGUAACAGUUGUUCAAUGCUGUAUCUUCAUCUGUUCCUAGGUGCAUAUUGUUCUGUAACAAUACAUGAUAUGGAACAUUGUAUACUACAUUUUGUAUUGAAGAAUGUGCAAACCAGUCCAAUGUAAGUGCAUAUUAUUUGCUGUUAGGUUGGGAUUAUAAAGGAAAGCAUCUUCCUCUCCAUGUCGCUUCAAAUAGUCUGUAUCUUUUACAUAAUGUUUGUUCUUUGCCCUUUUUUUAUGAAUGGAGUGAUUCUCCAUCAACAUCAGCUAAUUCUCUGAUAUGGGAAAAGAUAAUAUUGUCAUUCUGAUGAUUAUAUAGAUUGGAAUAUUAUUUUCAAUGCCCACAUGUCAAAUCUAGUGGUCCAUUGCAACCACAAGACCAACAAUGUAUAAGGUCUCUUCCUUUGUUUCACAUUGAUCCAAUUUUUUUUGGGGGAAAAUUGACUUCUGAAACAAUUUUCAAAGCAUUUCUCUGUUAUGUAGUAAAGUUUGGAGGGAUUAGAAUUAAUAUUGAGUAGAGGUACCGAACAAUGAUGGGAACACAUCCAUGAAAUUUUGAGUGCUAAUCAAAUUGUCACAUGGCAGUUAUAACCAGCAGCUCUUGUUUGUCAUUUUCAAAAAUCUGCCCCCAUAGAUGAAUGUGAAUUUUGGGUUAAGCAAUAUCAAGAGCAUUACAAGAUGGAGAGGAGUACUUAGUUAUCAAAGUCUAUUGUCUCUCUCAGGUUGACCCCCCUUUACAAUUCAUCUUUAUGUUGUAACCCUUAGAUUGUUCAAUUAUGCUUGAGCUCAUCAGAAACCAGACUAGCCUGGUGUAGCUUGAAUGCCCAUCAGUAUUAGGGACAGGAAGGUUAAAUAUUUCUUGCCAUGUUUUUCCAGGGUCUUUAUAGAAUCCCAAUUUAGGGUAAACUAUUGUUUCCAAUAUCAUGGGAAGGCAUUGACAUUGCUUAUGAGCAUUGCAAGGCAUUUUUCCAGACAUUCUCAAGCAUCAACGGGAAGCUAAUGUGUAUUCAAUACUAAAGAUUUUCUUUUCUUUUCCUGAACAGAACUUGUGACAUGAUUUGCCAUGGAUGACACCAUGGAGGGGUUUGAUAGGGUCAACCCACCGGUCCAGCGGCUCCAGCCCGCUUUGAGAAUGAUGCCCUGAAACCUUUCCUAAGAAGCCAAAAAGCGCUAAAAGGCUUCACCUCAGCACUAAAGUCUGAAGACACUGAACUCUGAAAAUCAAGGCUCCACUUCUUCUAUACACUUCUCCAGAAGAGGAGUUUUACUCUCCACAACUUCAUUUUCACAUACUCUAUCAGGCUUGUUUUCAUGACAGGAAAAAGGCGGACAAGAAGGACAGAGAACCCGGUCAAAGUGGAUGAGCUGCGGCCUUGGUCUGAGCUUCCUACGGAUCUCCUGAGGCUCAUUGUAUCCCGUCUCUGCCUCAAAGAUAAUGUCCGUUUGUCCUGUGUCUGUAAGAAAUUGGGAAAAGUUGCCCGUAAACUCCGCGUGGUGAACCAAUCUCCAUGGCUUAUGUUCACCCCAGCUUUGGGUGGUAUACUCAAAUUCUUUGACCCUUCACAGGGAAAGUUCUAUGUUGAUGAGAUCCCAGAGCUAUGUCUUACAGAGAUCAAGUGCAGUAAGGAUGGAUGGGUACUGAUUUCUGGCCGUGCCCUUUUCUUAUUCAAUCCCUUCACAUUGUCAGUAGUUGAUCUUCCCUAUUACAGUGUGCAUUCGUCAACGUUUGCUUUAUCUUGUGCACCCACAUCCCCUGACUCUGUAGUUUUUGCAAUUCAAACUCAUCUAGCAUUUAAUCAAGGGCUUGACACUCAAGAGGUUUCUAUUGGCAUUUGUCAUCCAGGGGAUUCACAGUGGUCGACUUUUAAGUUCCAAAUUCCUGGUGAUUGCUAUUUCUAUAAUUGGGGGGAUGGCCCAGUUUUCUGUAACGGGUUAUUCUAUUGUUUGAGUAAAUAUUCUUAUAAUUUUCUAGGGGUAUUUGAUCCACAGAAACAUACUUGGAGUAUCCUUGAUGUUCCUCCACCUAAUCUUCCUCCUAUGAUCUAUUAUGACAAGAGAGCUAAACACAUGGUGGAGUUCAAGGGAGAGCUUUUAUUAGUGUGCGUAUCUUAUCCUGAUAAGCCCAUUAUAUUCAAACUGGAUUUGUCCAAGAUGAAAUGGGUUGAGAUGCAGAGCUUAAAUGAUGUAACAGUGUUUGUCAGCUCUCACUCUUCUCUUGCAGUGACUAAUGUCCCAAGAAUAUCAAGUAACAGUGUUUACUUUUCAAAGCGUCGGAACUAUGGAAAGAAUAUCUACUUAUAUUCUCUCAAUGACUGCAAGUACCAUCCUGCUAUGCAGCAGCAUGAGGGGCCAUUCUUUCACAAUGCUCUUUGGAUCAAGCCCCCUAAGAAGAGUCAUCUUUUGUUUGAUGAGCUCUACUAAAUGUCAUGCAUGUCCUUCUGAGGGAUUUCUAAGUUUUCUUGAAAAGGAAAAAUUUUUGUUUGUUGCUUCAGAUGGAUUUUGGUUGAUGCUUGAAUCAUCCAUUGAGUGAGUUAAUCACUUGAAUUUGCCUCUUUAUAUUAUAGCAGCUAGAACAAGAUCCAUGGCAAGCAGUAAUUUUUUUUCUUUUUCUUCUUGUCAACAUAUAGGCAAGUGUUUAGGCAUGUACUUAAUACUCUUGAAAUAGUUGCUUGUCUCGAUACAUUUUAGUUUUUGGA